AUGAGUGAGCUACAGGAGCUAAUGAUAACGGCAAAAGGAAAAAAUCUUUCAGAUUGCAAAAGAUCUUUUAUCCUUCGUGAUUAUAGUGAUGGUAUUCAUGUUAAAUUUAGUACAGAGAUAUCAGGAUUAAUUGCUGAUAGAUGUGAAAGAGAAGUAUGGAUUGAUUUUAUUACAACUAUAAAUGAAAAAUUUGCUGAAGCAUCAUCUGUUGACGUUCAAUCUGUUAGUGAAACAAUACUUAAUUGUCUUACUUGUUACCUAUCAACUGUUUUCUUUCAAUCAAAAUAUCAAAAAAAACUUAAUUCAAUUAUGAGGUAUAUUGAAGAUAAAAAUAAAACUGUUUUUAUACAAAGAAAACUUUUUGUCGUAAAUCCAAUGAAGAAAGGCUUACGUGUCCUUGAAGUUAUAUGUCUCAAUGAAUUUGAAGCUCCUCCGCCACAAGUCCUCAAUAAUUCGAUACCUUUAGUUCCAAGAUAA